ACUAAAAUGCGAUUAAAAGUCAAUUAAAACUGCAUUCAAAUGACAAUCAAUUAAAUCUCAUUCAUCUGUCAAUGAAUCGUCAGUUUUGCCGCAAAAAGCUGAUCCCUAAUGGCAAACGAUUAUCACUGAUGUCCAGACAUGUACUUCAUAUGAUUGCCACUAAAAACAACACCAAUGUCUUCAUCGAGAGACACAUCACCACUGAAUCUACAAAACUAAGACAAUAUGACUCAUACGGAUCCGCUGGAAGUGCUGACACCAGCGGUGGUCACAAACGAAUGGUACGCAACGGACGGGUACUUCAGACACAUUACGACGUCUUAAAGAUCAGUCGGACGGCCACUCAGAAGGACAUCAAAACGGCUUACUAUUCGCUGUCGAAGUCGUGUCAUCCGGAUCUCAAUAAGACCUCCGAAGCGACGCAACAGUUCCAAGAGAUCACCGAAGCGUACGACGUGUUGGCCAACAAAGACACCAAACAGAUGUAUGACAUGAAGAUUGGCAACCAUUUCAGAGCUAACGGUGCCGGCGAUGGCAGUGAACAUCACCGCCAGAACCACACCAUCAACACAAUGGACACCAAUCAACAGAACUUGAAUUCGUUCAGAGAUUUCAAUCGAUUCAGUGAUGGCUUCCGGGACACCGAUGACUACACGCAGACGGCGUGGCGGAGGAGGACGCGGAAGAAGAACCUCUUCACCGAAGACGUG